AUGGAUAUUGCUGUCACGCUCGCCGGUUCCAGUGUUCAAUCAGUUCGCAUCAUCUACAUGCGCGUACCAGAAGUGGUACAAUACGGUACCAUGGAUUCCGUGACACUGGAUUGUGAUUACAUCACGGAUAACGUGAUGGGUCUAGUUGUCAAGUGGUUCUAUAUGGAUAAGUCACAGUUGGUGUACCAAUGGAUACCACCGCAGAAGCCGCAAGCCUUAGGACUUUUAAAGGAUAAGUUGGACUUGAAUUACAAAUCUUCGCACAAUCCAUAUGCACAACACCGGGCGUUGCGUAUAAAGAAUCCUUCUCCAGACCUCACUGGGAACUACACAUGUGUCGUAUCUACGUUUCUAGCAGAGGACCAGAAGACGAAACCUAUGACUAUUUUUGUGCCAGAAAAGAGGUUCGAAAUGAUUGAAGACAGACUAGACGACGGCUAUCUGAAUAUAAUUUGUACUGUGGAAGGAGUAUAUCCCAAGCCUGAGCUUAUGAUAUUAGUUGCUAAUAGGUCGGUUAAAGCCAAAUCAUCUGUCAACCUCAUCAAAGGAAGGUACACGGCGGUGACCAGCGCCGUUGUAAGGAUAGAUGCUCUACCACCCACUGUUGAAGUACUGUGCGAUAUGCAAGUUCCCCUAGCCAAUUACUUCAGUAGAAAAAGAGACAUAUUUUAUAGAGAUCCACCGCCAACAACACCUGAGUCACCGAAUUCAAGAUACAGACAGUCAGACAGAGAUACAGGUUAUUCUUCUAAGUCAACGCCAGAACUUAUUUUAUCAUUGCUUAUAGUAUGUUUAUUGAGAAUUCACCUUAGGUGAUUCUACAUUAAGAUCCUAAUGUAUAUAAAUUGUAAUAGAAUAUAUUAAGGUGCGUAUUCACCAAGCAUAUCCGCGUGUAAAGUAACGUACCAUGCAGUUCGAGGAAACAAAUAAAUUCUCAUUAUUUCCAUAUUCCCUGUUUCUAACAUGAAUCUGUACUGAUUCAAGUUCUGGUUUGAAAUAAAAUGAAACUAGAAAGUAUGGAGGUAUCAUACUUUUAAAAUGGUAAAGCCUGAGAACACGAGCCGUCUGUGUUGCCAUUCUAUGGUUUCUUUUUUCGAUGCCGUUUCAAUUUGUUUGCGAUUCGAUUGUAUAAAAGAGAUUAACUGGUUUUUCAAUGCAAACAUACUAAAAGAUAGCUGAAAGCAUUCUUUAACCCUUUUGCAUAUGUACGCUGUAGUGUUUGUUAUUUUAAACGAGAACGAUUGCAGUGAAUACACACCCUUAGUUUACUAUUUAUGGAAUCUGUGAUUUAAAAAGUAUUUAAAAUAUAUUGUUUUCUAUUUUUGUAUAAAAGACAAUUAUAUAGAAAAACUGUAUGUUUAUAUGUUAA